UCAACACUAGUUAUGAAAUAUUAACAUGCUAAACUAUUGUAAACAUUAAUUUCAGAACAUAAGCAGUGAUAGCAUUGUAAUGGGGGCCAUGCUGCUCUUAGCAUUUAGCUGGUAAAAGCUACCCACUGCUAGCAUGCAGACUUUGUUUAUUGGUUUAUUACAUAAUUAUUGUUUGGGUGUUACAGCUCAAUCAUCCACACUUGCAUGUUUUGUAGUUAACCAUGAAAGUAAUCACAAAGGGGUUCAUACAAUUUAUGGGUCUGUGUUUGUGAAACGCUGCGUCACGUGUUAACGGACCCCGGCUGGUCCGCGAGCCCCGGUUUGAGACGCCCUGCUACUCCGGGGCCCCACGACAGAAGGAGCUGUGUUCUCCUGCGAGUUGACUCCCAGAAACCGGCAGCAACGAGGAAGUGUAGCCGCCCGGGACCCAACGACAGACAUGUCCGCAUCCGCCGCGCGCUCAGCGGAGCUGAGGCUGGUGGUGCUGGGCCGGACCGGAGCAGGGAAGAGGUCGGCCGUCAGCUCCAUCCUGGGCCUGGAGGAAGCUCCGCGGGGCGCAGAGGAGGGCGUCCGGCCGGAGUGCAUCAAACACCGGGGGGAGGCCGCCGGUAGACGGGUGGCGGUCGUCUCCAGUCCAGCCUGGUUCGGUCCCGGCUGCGACCCGGAGGAACGGAGAAGACACAUAUCGUCCUUUAUCGCCUUGUCCAGCCCCGGACCACACGUCUUCCUGCUGUGUGUCCCCGUGAACCAGCCGGCCGAGGGCGAGGCCGAGGCGCUGAGCGUCCUCAAGAAGCUGUUCGGCCCCCCGGCGGUCGAAGCGAACACCAUCGUGCUCUUCACCCACACCGAGGAGCUGGAGGAGGAGGAGCAGAUGGAGGACUACCUCUCCACGUGGCGCAAGGACCUCCGGGAGCUGGUGCAGGCGUGCGGUGGGCGCUACCACACCUUGGAGCCCCGCGGCGGAGCGGCGGAGGAGGCGAAAGCCGUGGAGGAGCUGCUGGAGAAGGUGGAGCGGGCAGUGAGAGCGAGCGGGGAGCAGCACUGCAGCGGCGCUCUGUGCCGGGAGGCCGAGGCGAGAGUGAGGGAGAGGCAGGUACAGCUCGUCCGACAGAGGAGAGGAGGCGGCGGCGACCCCGUCUCCCCCGCCGACCCACAACCGGAGGGCGAUGUCACCGAAGAAGAGAUGGAGGCGGUCCGAGAAGAGGCGGAGAGGAGCGCGGGCGACUUGAACGUGGACGUAGACGGUCUCUUCCCCAGGUCAGCCUCCGCCGCCACCGCCGCGCCCUCCUUCCUGUGGGGCCUGUGGGGGAAGCUGAGCGGCUGGAUCAGCUGGCUGCCCAGAAUGAUGAGGGUGGAGGCCCUGCUGGGAGCGCUGGUCAGCCUGUUUGUGGGGGGGCCGUUAGGUGGUGCCAUGGGGGCCACUGUGGGGUCCGUGGCUACUGAGGUGGGGCGAAGAAGAACAAAGAAAACCAGCUGAGAGUUGAUCUCAGGUCAAAGGGCUCGGGCAUCGAGUUGCACAUUAAAGUCACUUGUGUGUCGCACAACGUUGUGUCACUCAGCUGUUUGGUUUAUGCAGUCAAAUAAUAUUCAUACUUGACCACUGAGCACCAACAAUUGUAUUUUUACGACUGUUACAAUUGUCUAUUUAAGCGUACCGUGUUCUCUAAUGGCUUUACCGGGUUACAAACGUUCGAUGCGCGAGUGUUCAUCUUCCUGGAGUCACAUCUUGCUUUGUCAUGCUUAGUUGACUUACACACUACUGAAGUCUUGAAUGAUGAAUAAAGUUUUUUCUUUCAAGUACUCAAAA